AUUUUUCGGUCUCCUGUCCUUUUUUCUCUUUUAAUUGUGUUUUUGUAUUUCUGUGCAGAAAGAUUGGAUUCUCUUAAUCAGUUUUUUACGCUGAUUCCGUUGUAUAUGGUUUUUCAUAUUUUUGUGUAUAUCACUAUAUUUCGUGUCUCUUUUACCCUAGGGGCUAUCUUUUGGGCCCAUCCCAUGUUGUGCGAUUCUGAGCCACAUUUCUGGAUAUACGUGAUCAGUUCUUGCAGCUGAUCCAGUUUGAUACUGUUUUAUAUAUUUUUGGUUCGGUCUCUUAAUUGCAUCCUAUCGCAAAGGCUACGAUUCAGACCCAUUUCAUGGGGGAUGAUAAUGGAGCUCCCAGCGACGCCCGGGGCAGUGACAGACAUUGUUUACAUUGCAAUAAGAUCUUUCAAAUCGUCCACAGCGGCCAUCGCUGCUGCUCCCAAGAAUGUACCAAAGCUCGACAAUUACUAAACCGUCAGUCUGCCAAUACGUCCUCGGCCUCUGCCAGUGGUGGCAACAAGAGGAAGAAAGAUUCCCACUCCCCAGACAAGCCGGAUGCUACUGACAUGAAGAAGUCCAAGGCUGACUCUGCUACCACCUUCAUUGCUGAACUUCCACUUGCCACCAUCAAUUCGCUAAGUAAAACUGAACUUGUAUCUCGUCUAAGCUUUGCUCUGAACCUAUUAGAGAACCAAAUUGUUGACAUCUGUGAGCUAGAACUCAUGGUCACCCGACUCGGUGAUGACCAUGUCUCUGAUCUCGAAUCUCAAGUCUCCUGUCUCAAAACUGAUCUAGAGAGUAAGGUAGAGGAAAUUAGUGUACUAAAGAAUGAGGCGGUGCAAAUGAAAGUAGCUUUUGCUGACGGUCUUUUAAGCCUCCAACGUGCUAGCCCUACCGGCCUUGCUGGUUCGUCCUUCUCAGGUACAUCAAGUCAUGGUCCGUCCUAUGCUUCUGUCGCUCGUGGUAACUCAUCCGGCUCUGUUUUGGUGGCCAAAUGUGCCGAUGCCUCUGCUCCUCCUUUGAAUGUCCAGGCUGUUGAGGAGUUGCUUGAUACUCCAAACAGCGGUUUGAUCCCCUCGCAUGUUCGUUUUAAAAACAAUAAGAUGUUUGUCACCCUGGACAAUGAGGUGGCAGUUGCAAAGGCAGCAGCUCUUCUUAACAACAAACCCGAUUUUAGUAGCCGUUUUGAACCAGCUAGCAAGCUAAAUGUGUCUUUCCCUGUUGUGGCCCUCUUUGUCAAUAUUUCGGAUGUAAACGCCCUUAAGGUGGAGCUAGAACAUCGUAAUAGCGCCUUACGUGGGCAGAUACACUCCGUUAAAGUGAUCUACACCAAGCCACAGACCACGGAAGGACACGUUAAGAUUUUUCUUAAAUCCAGGGCUGUCAGAGACCUCAUUCUGGACCAGCGUAGGGCAUCGAUCUCGGGAACCUACUACCGUAUAGUACCAGUUGAUCUGAACAGGGAGGUUAGACGCUGUUUUAAAUGUCAAAGAUACGGACACAUCCAGAGAGACUGCUCAGCUAGGUUUGUAGCUUGUGGGAAGUGUGCAGAGAGGCAUACUGCAAUGGCUCGCACCAAUCUGGCCACAACACUUGCAGUGAGCAGGUGAAAGCGGUUGAGCGGUACAGAACAUUCCUUGAUCGUAAUGUCUGACCGCUAUACAUCUGUACUAUCUGAAAGCCCGCAGGUGCCAGCCCUUCUCAAAUGUAUUCAAAUUAACUUACGUCACUCCAGUCUUGCAGCAUCCUCUCUCUCACAAAUUAUUCUUGAUUUGGAUAUCGAUGUUGUUCUUAUUCAAGAGCCUUACGUGUUGCCUUCUCUUUCUCCUGUGGUUGCAAAUAUCCCCCCUGGUUUCACGGCGUUUCAUCAGCUCUCUGAUGACUACUUGUAUGGGGCUGCUAUUUUAAUACGAGACUCGAUUGUCACAUCUCUGCUGACCUGCUCUAACCUAAGAGUUGUCAAUCAACCUCACUCUGAGCUUGAUUUUGUUCCUGCCGGGACAUCUUUUGUCGAUCUUACCCUCGCAGGUGAUAAAGUCUGUAUUCACAGCUGGUUCUUCCUGGACACUCCUUCUCUCUCAGACCACCCUUAUAUCUUUUUUGAAAUCAACCAUGGAGAUUUUGCUAAAACUAAAAGGAAGCAUUUACGUCCGUCAGUUCCUAAAUUACCUUUCAUCCACCGCGAGCUAUUUUCUCUCGAACUAACGAAAGCACUACGUUGUCUGCCUGUCUACUCCCAGAUUGAAUCCACUGAGAUAGUUAAUGACCAAAUUGCUAAACUUGUCUCGGCGAUUUCCUCCAGUGCUCUCGCUGCCAAGAUCCCCUGUCCUCGUACCAGGUGCGCCAAAAACAUGAUAUGGUGGACACAGGACCUAUCUGUCCUCCGAAGUAAGGCUCGCUCUCACUACAAGGACUGGUCAAAUAGCAAAAACGCUCAAAAUGAAAUGCUGUACCGUCGUAGCAAAGCAGGGUAUCAGCGGGAACUUAGAGCAGCUAAACGUAGAGCUUGGGAGAAAGCUAGGACGAAUGCGACCAAUGGGGAUAUGUUCCGUGUCCUAACUGAGUUCGCGGGAAAAACUAAGUCUAUCUCUCUACCUUCUGAAGUAUCUAUCGAUGGAGCUCUAUCCGCAGAUCCGAUUUUGAUUGCAGAGGGUUGUGCCAGACAUUUCUUUCCUGUUGAACCCCCGUCUCAAUCAACUCACUCAGCAGUGGAAAGUGAAGCCUUUGCCGCUGUCCUCUCUCAGCUCGACGAUGAACCCCCUCCGGUCUCUGACUGGGAAUUUGAAACCGCGGCACGAUCACUUAACACUAAAUCCGCUCCAGGAAUUGAUGGCAUCGCAGCCGAUCUGCUACUUUUUAGCCUACCGCUGAUCAAACCGUACCUAUUUGUCAUCCUCAAUGCGUGCAUAUCCAUGUGUAUCUUCCCAGACUCCUGGAAAGUCGCUAUAGUUUCAGUCAUUGGCAAACCCAAUAAAUGUGACUACACCUCCUUGAACAGCUUUAGACCGAUUAGUUUAGUGUCCAAUUUGGCCAAAUUUCUCGAGAAGAUAGUUCUGGGCCGGUUGCUCUGGCUCGAUAGUGUAAACAACUGGAUCAGUACUAGUCAACAUGGGUUCAGAGCCAACCACUCUACUGAAACAGCGGCGCAUACCCUGGUUUCCUUCAUCGAAGAUGCAUUCUCCGAGAAUAAAGUAUGUGCCACCGCUUUCUUGGACAUCAAGAGUGCCUUUGACUCUGCCUGGCAUCCGGCCAUUAUUCACGCUCUAGCUAAACGUGCUUGCCCCAGCUACCUCAUAAAAAUCAUAAGCAGUUUCCUCUCUAAUAGACAGGCGUGCUUUUCUGUAAAGGAACAUACCCACACCAGUUUUGUUAAUCUAGGAUGUCCGCAAGGUGGAGUUCUUUCACCUUUACUAUGGAAUCUGCUUGUCGAUGACCUACUCCGCCUCACAUUCCCAUUUCCGGUCAAAAUGAUUGCCUAUGCUGACGAUAUAACUAUUAUCACGUCCCACAAAGAAGCGAGUAUUGCCACAAAAACCUCCAACUUGUUUGUGACUCUGUCGGAGCUUGGCUUGCGUCUAGAAAGCUGUUUCUUAAUGCUGUUAAAACUGUCCUUGUCAUAUUCUCCCGAAAGCUGA